CUGUUCUAGGGUUUGGAUGUGUGCCACAGAACAUCCCUAACUGAUGUGUGCUCGUGGUUUUCCAAUUAUUUUAGAUUUUUUUGUUUAGUCAAAACAAACAAACAAAAACAAAUAUGGGUUCUACCUCUAAAUCUGUUGAUUACCUGGUUGUCGAUACGACUGCAUUUAUUCAAAAUGUUCCUUUACAGGAAAUUGCAGAAAAUAUAAUAACCUGUCCAGAAGUAGUGACUGAAAUAACAAAUAAGAGACAGUUGCGUCGAUUGGUUGUACUUCCAUAUGAUUUAGUUGUAAGAGAUGUUUUUCCUGAAAAUAUUAAAAUUGUAACAGAUUUUUCUAAAAAAACUGGUGAUUAUCCAAGCUUGUCAAUCACAGAUAUUAAGGUUAUGGCUUUAACAUAUCAAUUGGAAAAAGAAAAGGUUGGCAUAAAUCACUUGCGGACAGAACCAGUAAUGCAAAAACCUGUUGUUUCAACUAUCUUAAACUCACUUCCUGAUAUGACUCCUGAUGUGACAGGAUUUGUAUUACCUGGAGAUUUAAAAAUAAAUUUUAAUGGCAAUAAAAAUCAAGCUAAUGAAGACUUAGCAGCACAAUUUAAAUCAUUGGAAUGCACGGAUGAAAAUUUAUCAGAAGCGAAAACUGGAAAUAACGAUCUUUCAAAAAAUAAAAAUGUGGAGGGAUUCACUGAAGAUGAUACCGACGAUGAAGGUUGGAUCACUCCUCUUAAUGUUGAAAUUGCAAAAAAACAAAUAAACUCUGAAUUAACAGAUGAUAAUCAUGUGGCAGUAGCUUGCAUGACAACCGAUUUUGCAAUGCAAAAUGUUUUACGACAAAUGAAUUUAAAUGUUGCCUCUUUAGAUGGUCGGAUAAUUAAACAAUUGCGAACUUAUAUAUUACGCUGUUAUACUUGUUUCAAGACCACAAGUAUCAUGACAAAGAAAUUUUGCCCCAAAUGUGGCAACAACACUUUAAAGAAAGUAGCUGCUUCUUUGGAUGAAAAUGGAAAAUUGCAAAUUCAUAUUAACGUAAAGCGACCACUCACUGCACGAGGAAAAAAAUUUAGCUUGCCUAAAAUAAAAGGAGGAAAACAUCCCAACAACCCUAUCCUUGUUGAAGAUCAGCCUAUUCCAGAUAAUAAGCCUAGUAGAUUAGCAAGAACAAAAAACAAUCCUCUUGAUGACGAUUAUAUUGCAGGAUAUUCACCCUUUGUAAUGAGAGACAUCAAUUCAAAAUCAGCACAAUUGUGCAUCAGACCAGGCCAAGAAUAUAAAAACUGGUUAAGGAAAAAUCCAAAUGAAGCUCGCAGGAAAAGAAAAUAAAUGUUUAAAUAUGAACUUUUUUAAGAAAUAUAACAUUUGUUUUUAA